AUGUCUCAGCCUGCCAGCGCAGUUCCGAAACGCAUGACAACUCGAGCUAAAAAUGCUACUCAGCAUCCAGGACAUAUUCUGACUGGGGGUGAAGGCCACGCAAAGAGACGUACCAAAGCUCAAAAGUCCGCUGACGACCAGCUUGAAAAAGAAGCAAAGGAGGCAAGUGAAACAGCUGUGCAAGAAAAGCAUAAGCGCGUUGCCACAUUUCAGAAACAGAUGGAGACCGACCAAGCUGCAAUGCGUGCUGAUGCACCCAAGCCAAGUCAUCCUCGUCCACGCCCAGUAAAGAAGGGCGUGAAAGCCUCAGACACCUCCAACAUGACUACGGCGGGUGGUCAGGAAGGUGCAGGCAUUGUCGCCGAUAAGGAUGUUGGUGCCGAUAAGGCUGUUGGUGCCAAAGUCAAGGGCGGCAGGGCUAAAGGUAAAAUGACAGCUGGUGCUGACAUCGGGAAUCCUGGGAGUGAACAGGAGUUGGAGGCGCAAGUGCCAGGGACACGCAAAACGAAGGGGAGGAAAGUAAUCCCAGUGAAGACGCCAGUGAGAAAUGCGAUUGAAGCAGCAGGCCUUAUCGAUGAAUCAACAGAGGCACGUGAUCAUGAUAACCAAGUGUCUGAUGUCUCUAUACCGGCUCCUAAAAAAUUCCAACUUGCUGGGCGUAUCCCGGACUGGCAAUCGAACAUUCCCGCUGGCGGUUCAAAGCCGUCCUCCAAGGCCAGACAUUCUGCAGCGUCUUCCAUCCAGGAGUCCGCUAUCUCUAGUUCUGCUCCCUCCUCUAAGCUCACCAGGGGAACCACUAUCAGUAGCAGCAGUGCCCCGCUCACGUCAAUCAGUAGCAAUUUUGAUGCUGGGGCUGACAAAUUGACAGGUCUUGCUAUUUCUACCCCGUUUGAUGACGAUGAUUUAGACGAAUCAAUGGAGCGCUCUCAAGCUCUUUGUCGAAUGUCAAAAUUGAGGGCUACUCAGGGCGUCAAGAUUUCUCCCAAUGUCCCUGGCGCUGCAGUGCCCACAAACUUAGCCCCCCACAAUGCCCAUCUGGCACCCAAGCAGCUCGCCGCGAUCGAACCUGACGUCGUCUAUGAUGAUACCUUCACGACCCCGAACAAUGAUUUUGAAAUGGACGCCGAGGCACCUGCACAGGCUCCCCUACCUGCCCUGGUUUUUUAUAAAUCCGACUCGGAUUCAGAAUCUGAUCUCGAACCACCCCCUUCUGCACAGGUUCCCAAAGGGUAUUAUGACGUUGACCCCCGGCCUCUCGCCCAAGCCCACACAUCCCACCCUACCAUUCCAGCAACACGUGUAAAGCGGAAAUUCGCAGAUGUCGAGGAUGCAGAUAUCGAGGACGCGGAUAUCGAGGACGACCUGCUCGAGGACGACCUGAUCGAGGACGACCUGAUGGAGGACGACCUGAUGGAGGACGACCUGAUUGAGGACGACCUGAUGAUUGAGGACGACCUUAUGAUCGGCGAGGACGACCCUAUGAUUGAGGACGACUCCUCAUCUGAAAUUGAGAUCGUUGAUCACCACAAGAAGACUGUGGUCAAGACCGAACCCAAACCUGUGUCCUUGCGGGUAACAUCUGGGGUAACUGGUGUCGGUGUCAAUCACAAAGCCCCCGUCGCAAAGAGGCCAAAGCCCUCCGGUAAAAACACUCAGAGCGUUUCCCGUAUCGCAACCGCCGAAACACCUGAUCCCGCGAACCCUGACGAGGUUAUAGUGGAGAUCCUCCCCCGCUCUCAUUACAGGAUCACAAACCUUCCUGGAGGUCAUCGGGCAACAACUAGGUGGAGUAGCGUGUUUAUACCUACUCUCAUCCUCACCAUCGGAGAUCGGGACGAGGUCUGGUCUAUUCCUGAGAUGACCCUCCGCGAUAUUCUGCAGGACAUUUGGAACGUGGUUUACGGGGAUAUUACACAUACAGUCACUACAACCGGACCUGUCAUUGCCAUAGCUCUCCAACGGCUGUCCGACUGGCGCCAUAACAUCGGUCAUUCCGCUGUCUCGGUACUUGCGAGUUUUAUGUUGUCGCAGGAUGAUGUCGAGACCGAUCGAGACCGCGAAGACUUCGCAAAUAGCUUACUCUUCAAGUUGGGAUUCCUGUAUGGUCACAUUACAGAGGAUGGAAAAUUCCAAAAACCUUUUCAGUCCGAUCUCAUUCUCGAGUUGGAACGUGCCCUCAAAAUUAUCGGGCAUCACCCCACGCUCGGCGUCAACAGUAAAGGGAAGGCUGUUAAGGUUCCCCACACUCUCAACAAAGCCACGGGCAAGGAUAGCGGUUCUCGGAGUGCCUUUUCGGUCACCAACUUCGGUUCAGCAACCAGGAACUAUAUGAAGUCUAUCAACCGCCUCGAAGAGUCAAUCGUCCAAGAACUCUGGGGACGCGCGAAGGCACUCGCUGCCACGAGGGGGCGUAAUGCGCCGGUCGUUUUGGACGACGACUCCAAUGACGAGCGUGCGCUCAUCUUCUGGUGGGUAUCGUUCUUUUUCUUUUUGAGCUUCUAG